CUGAGUGCUGUAUUACAUACGUGUGCUCCAUCCAUGUUUACAGGAGCCUGUACCGGGGGACGCAGGGUUUGUAGGACCCUGAUAACUGAAGCGAGGCAGUGUGUCCUGUGGGUCUCAUGGCCUAGAAGGUCAAUGUUCCUAAGGAAGGUCGCACCACUCGUCCCGCCCCACCCCGGCCACUCUGCUGCCUCCACAUCUCUGACCGUAGCUCCACUUUGCACCUGCCACCAGAACUUACCUCAGGCGACUGUGCUGAUAGAAGCUGAGGAGUCUCUUCUGUUUCUCCUACAACUUAAGUUUCGAGAGAAUGUCCAGGACGUGCUGCCCAUCCUGCCCAAUCCAGAUGACUACUUCCUCCUUCGAUGGCUCCGAGCCCGAAGCUUUGACCUGCAAAAGUCAGAGGCCAUGCUCCGGAAGCAUGUGGAAUUCCGGAAGCAAAAGGACAUUGACAAAAUCAUCAGCUGGCAGCCACCAGAGGUGAUCCAACAGUAUCUGUCAGGCGGCAGGUGUGGCUACGACCUGGACGGCUGCCCUGUCUGGUACGACAUCAUCGGCCCUCUGGAUGCCAAAGGUCUGCUGUUCUCCGCCUCCAAGCAGGACCUGCUCAGGACCAAGAUGAGAGACUGUGAGCUGCUUCUGCAGGAGUGUAUCCAGCAGACCACAAAGCUAGGGAAGAAGGUAGAGACCAUCACCAUGAUUUAUGACUGUGAGGGACUCGGCCUCAAGCACCUCUGGAAACCUGCAGUGGAGGCCUAUGGAGAGUUUCUCACCAUGUUUGAAGAAAAUUAUCCUGAAACACUGAAGCGUCUGUUUGUUGUUAAAGCUCCCAAGCUGUUUCCUGUGGCUUAUAACCUCAUCAAGCCCUUCCUAAGUGAGGACACUCGGAGGAAGAUCAUGGUUCUGGGGGCAAACUGGAAGGAGGUUUUACUCAAACAUAUCAGCCCUGACCAGUUGCCUGUGGAAUACGGAGGCACCAUGACGGAUCCUGAUGGAAACCCCAAGUGUAAAUCUAAGAUCAACUACGGGGGUGACAUUCCCAAGCAGUACUAUGUGCGAGACCAGGUGAAGCAGCAAUAUGAACACACUGUGCAGAUCUCCCGAGGCUCCUCCCACCAAGUGGAGUAUGAGAUUCUUUUCCCGGGCUGUGUCCUCAGGUGGCAGUUUAUGUCGGAGGGAUCAGACGUGGGUUUUGGGAUUUUCCUGAAGACCAAGAUGGGGGAACGGCAGCGGGCAGGGGAGAUGACGGAGGUGCUGCCUAACCAGAGGUACAAUUCCCACAUGGUCCCUGAGGAUGGGACCCUCACCUGCAGUGAGCCAGGCAUCUAUGUCCUGCGGUUUGACAACACCUACAGCUUCAUCCAUGCCAAGAAAGUCAGUUUCACCGUGGAGGUCCUGCUUCCAGACAAAGCAGCUGAAGAGAAGAUGAAUCAGCAGGGGGCAGACACCCCCAAAUAACAUCUCCCCCUGCAGCAGGCCUGGCCCCCUCAAUGUCUUCCUGUCAGUUUCUUUAUAGUCAUUUUCCUGCAACCAAUUAGCCCAAAGAAACUGGGCUAGAGGGAAGACUUCAGACUGGACGGAGCUCCCGUACAGAAUCAGAACGAGGAUAAAUAGCUAGAGGGGUCCUCGUCAUCAGAAUACUAAGGGGUCUCCAGAGACCGGCUGUAAUGAUGUCUACCCUGUAGACCUUGCCAACUUCACCUGCCCAGGGGCAGCUGAGACAGGGAGGGGAAGGGUACACAGGAUGGUGGCAGGGGAUAACUUAGAAGUGAAGCGAUUGUCAAACUCAGGGAAGCCAUUGCUGGGAGACACUUGCUCCUAAAUGAACAUGGAGCAGACCUCCAUGAUUGUAAUGAUGGUUGCAAGGUAGCAGCAGGCCACUAGAUGUGAUGGGUAUCAGAAGCUCUUUGAAACUUUCUGUCAUAUGUCUUGAAUAUCUCUUGUCUCCUCAUCCCUCCCCCACCCCCCACCCCAAAUCUCAGGAGUGGCACAAGUCAGCACUGGAAGGCUAACAGGGCCUCUCUCUCCCCCUUGAGAACCUCACUAACUCCUGGGUUCCACUGGCUGCCUGUUUAGUUACUAAUGGUUGUCAGUGCUGGGUGGGACUUUGGUACCUAGCCACUGUUCUCCAGUGGAAGAAACCCUCCACAAGCACAAGGGUGAUUAAUUUCAGGGAUCAUACAUAGGAAAGGGCCAAGGAGGUCAUGGGUGGGCCCCAAGCCUCUAAGUAACCCUCCACUUGCACAAAGAUGACAAGUGGACUUCUCAGUCCAGUCUCCCACAGUGCCUGAGAACCAGUCUCCUGACAGGAGCAAGGGCUCUGCAGGCCCUUCUUUGUAGAGGCGUGUAAUAGCAGCAGUGGCUUCCUCUUGCCUGGGGACGCAGGUAGCCAGGGUGGGAGGUUGCCGGGGAAGGUGGCCAUAGGCUGGGCAAACAUCUGAGCCAGGGCAAAGAGGGGGCCAGGCACAGGUGACCUUGCAAUAGCAGCUCUUGACCCCACACAACUUGAGAGACAGGUUACAGGCUGCCCAGGAUUCGGGAAGGAAGCCCCAGGCCCUUGCGGGGUCCGCCUUUUCCUCGGAACGAGGCCUCUCGGCCCAGCCUCGUUUCACGAAGCAGAGGGAGCUCUGGGCAGGGUCAGGGCUGGCAAGCAGAGAGGGCCGAGGCUACCCAGGGUCUAGUCACAUAUCUCAGGAGCAUAGCCUGGCCUUGGUUUACAAUGCUGUUAGCUACAUUAACCAAUGAAUAAAGUGAUCAAUUUUCCAAGCAAAAAGCAGAAUUCAUUGC